AUGACCAUGUCGUGUAAAUUGGCCAUGAUGGGCAAAGUGACCAUGCUGGGUAAAGUGGCCAUGUCGUGUAAAUUGGCCAUUACGGGUGAAGUGGCCAUGUCGGGUAAAGUGGCCAUGAUGGGCAAAGUGGGUAUGCCGGGCAAGGUGGCCAUGCCAAGAUGCUGGGGUGGUUGCACUUCCCUCCGUGAGUCUGCAGGGGGCAGGCAACACAACACCGUGGCUCGACCACCCGUGUGGCACACUCUACAGGGGGGAGACCUGGUCACCAGCUGGCUCGCGCCUCUCAGUGGUGGCCCUGGUGGUCCUGGGUGGUGCGGGGGUCGCCACCAGGGGCCGCUGGCACCUCGUCGCCCGAGGACGGCUUCUCCGCGGCGCCUGGUGACUCCUGCUCGCUCAAAGCCUCGUCACCACCUGGCUCGCACCUCUCAGUGGUGGCCCUGGUGGUCCUGGGUGGUGCGGGGGUCGCUGCCAGUGGCCGCUGGCACCUCGUCGCCCGAGGACGGCUUCUCCGCGGCGCCUGGGGCCGCUGGCACCUCGUCGCCCGAGGACGGCUUCUCCGCGGCGCCUGGUGACUCCUGCUCGCUCAAAGCCUCGUCACCACCUGGCUCGCACCUCUCAGUGGUGGCCCUGGUGGUCCUGGGUGUGGCCGCUGGCACCUCGUCGCCCGAGGACGGCUUCUCCGCGGCGCCUGGUGACUCCUGCUCGCUCACAGCCUCGUCACCACCUGGCUCGCACCUCUCAGUGGUGGCCCUGGUGGUCCUGGGUGGUGCGGGGCCUCGUCACCACCUGGCUCGCACCUCUCAGUGGUGGCCCUGGUGGUCCUGGGUGGUGCGGGGGUCGCUGCCAGUGGCCGCUGGCACCUCGUCGCCCGAGGACGGCUUCUCCGCGGCGCCUGUGGCCGCUGGCACCUCGUCGCCCGAGGACGGCUUCUCCGCGGCGCCUGGUGACUCCUGCUCGCUCAAAGCCUCGUCACCACCUGGCUCGCACCUCUCAGUGGUGGCCCUGGUGGUCCUGGGUGUGGCCGCUGGCACCUCGUCGCCCGAGGACGGCUUCUCCGCGGCGCCUGGUGACUCCUGCUCGCUCAAAGCCUCGUCACCACCUGGCUCGCACCUCUCAGUGGUGGCCCUGGUGGUCCUGGGUGGUGCGGGGGUCGCCACCAGGGGCCGCUGGCACCUCGUCGCCCGAGGACGGCUUCUCCGCGGCGCCUGGACGGCUUCUCCGCGGCGCCUGGUGACUCCUGCUCGCUCAAAGCCUCGUCACCACCUGGCUCGCACCUCUCAGUGGUGGCCCUGGUGGUCCUGGGUGGUGCGGGGGUCGCCACCAGGGGCCGCUGGCACCUCGUCGCCCGAGGACGGCUUCUCCGCGGCGCCUGUGGCCGCUGGCACCUCGUCGCCCGAGGACGGCUUCUCCGCGGCGCCUGGUGACUCCUGCUCGCUCACAGCCUCGUCACCACCUGGCUCGCACCUCUCAGUGGUGGCCCUGGUGGUCCUGGGUGGUGCGGGGGUCGCCACCAGGGGCCGCUGGCACCUCGUCGCCCGAGGACGGCUUCUCCGCGGCGCCUGGUGA